CUGUGUAGAACGGUCACAAAAAGUAAAACCUUCAGUUGCUUUGUGACCACAUAUUGAAUAUUCAGAUGUUUGCGUGAGUGUGUUUGUAAGAAGGUGUGUGUGUUUAAGGGUUUUCGUUUUCGCUACUCAGCUCCUUUGUGGUUUUAAUUUAAGUUGCUCACACAUGCUCCCAUACAGAACUGAAACGGUUGCGGUCAGGAGUGUGUGUGUGUGCGCGCGUGCGUGCAUGACUAUAUGUGUGUCGGUAGUAGUGAGAUUUCUAGAUCUCUGCACCUUAACCAGACAACAGUUUCGUUUAUCUCUCCCACACUCGUGUAGUGGAUGCUGAAAUGCUGACUUGCCUUUUAUAGACAGGAAUAUUGUUAAAGCGCGAGUAAUCUCAGCACCAACAGGUCAGUUUGAGUAGAAAAUAGCAGGCAGCGUGUGAUGAAAUGCUUCUGAAACAGACCUGGAAGAUUGCUACGACCACAAGAGGUUAAUCUCGGUGCAGAGCUAGCCGUUUUUGCUGAUUCAGCAGAUAUUAACCGAGAGCGAAGUACCCUUUUCAUCACUUUAAGGCAUAAAGACGCUUUGCUCCAACAGUUGGUGCAUCUUGCAUCUGAUUACUGGGCUGAAAAUAAAGUGUAAACCUGCUACGUCUUCCAUUUCGUCUCUGCCUCCUUCUGACGUGGGGGGUCAUGGAGGCUAGAUUCGGUUUGGGCUGAGGCAUCAUCCUUUCUUCUCCCCUCGAGGGAGGGGUAGGAGAUUGGUUCCUGCCUGCUUUAUAGGAAACAGACGUGCAAACCGUUCAAAAAACGCAAAGGAUUAUCUAUACACAGAUGAAGUCGUGCCAGACGCUGAAGGAAGAGACGAUAAAGGAAGCCAUGUCGCAAGAGGAGGGGCCAAGGACGCAUUCCACACAGACCUACUACCACCAUACCUCUCUAGCAGACAGUGACCUAUCACCAAAGCUCUACAAGCAGGAGGGAGUGUCUAAGCCGUAUUCAGUGCUGGUCGACAACAAGAUGCCGACCAAAGCUCUGGCUCCUGACCUCGAACCCAGUCCUGCCCCUCUUCAGCAGUACUACAAAGAAGCUUCUGGAACAGUUGGAGCCGAGGGAGCGGUGAAGACCAAAAACGACGGAACAUCUGAUGACACAGAGGAGGAAGAAGUGGAAGAGGAGUUCAAGCGAGCACAGAUCAUUGUUGAGGUGAACCUGAACAAUCAGACCCUGCACGUCUCGAAAGGUGACAAGAGCAUCCCUGCAGGAGAGGUGAAAAGUGACAGUGAAGAGGAGGACGAGGAGGAGGAAGAGGAAGAAGAAGAUGAGGAGGAGGAGGAAGAAGAAGAUGAGGAAGAAGAUAGUAUAGAGGAAGAAGAGAGUGCCGAGGAGGACCCUGAAGAUGAGGAGGAAGAGGAAAAUGAGACCCGGAGGACGAGAUCCAAGAGGACACGCGCAAAGAGCCACCACGUCACUGUAGCCACAGGGUCCCUUGGAGUCACCACGAGGGGGAGGAGGAAGAGCACUGAAGCCCCGCCUCAGAAGCGCAAGUCAGCACGGGAUGGAAGGAGCUCUGGUACAUCUGCUUCAGGAGGAGGAGGGAGGGACGGGGAGGAGCGUGGAACACUGGCGUGUGAGAAAUGCCCGCGCGUAUUCAACACCCGCUGGUACCUGGAGAAGCACAUGAACGUCACACACAGGCGCAUGCAGAUCUGCGACAAGUGCGGCAAGAAGUUUGUCCUGGAGAGCGAGCUGGCCCUGCACCAACAGACUGACUGCGAGAAGAACAUCCAGUGUGUGUCGUGUAAUAAAUCUUUCAAAAAGCUCUGGUCGCUUCACGAGCACAUUAAGAUUGUCCAUGGCUAUGCCGAGAAGAAAUUUGCCUGCGAGAUAUGCGAGAAGAAAUUCUACACAAUGGCUCAUGUCCGCAAGCACAUGGUCGCUCACACUAAGGACAUGCCUUUUACAUGUGAAACCUGUGGGAAGUCCUUUAAGCGCAGCAUGUCCCUAAAGGUGCACUCACUUCAGCAUUCAGGAGAGAAGCCCUUUCGCUGUGAGAAUUGUGAUGAGCGUUUCCAGUAUAAGUAUCAGCUGCGGUCUCACAUGAGUAUCCACAUUGGACACAAGCAGUUCAUGUGCCAGUGGUGUGGCAAAGACUUCAACAUGAAGCAGUAUUUCGAUGAGCAUAUGAAGACACACACAGGUGAGAAGCCGUUCAUCUGUGAGAUCUGUGGGAAGAGUUUCACCAGUCGGCCCAACAUGAAGCGUCACCGGCGUACACACACUGGCGAGAAGCCUUACCCGUGUGAAGUGUGCGGUCAGCGCUUUCGCUUCUCCAACAUGCUCAAGGCGCACCGAGAGAAGUGCUUCCGAGUCACAAGCCCCAUGACCCAACAGCCUGCCAGCAUGCCCAUCUCUGUUCAUCUCACUGGCCACACCCCUUCUUCCUCUGGCCACACCUCCAGCCCACCACUGCCCUCUCAAGGCACAUCCACUGCAGCAGCCGUGGGCUCAGGAAUGAUCGCUUCCGGAAUCAGACAUGGCUUUUCCCAUUUGCACAUGCAGGCCACGCCCACGCAGCACCACCAAACCCAUGUGCAUCACCCUGGCCACACCCCUAUGACGAGCCACACCUCUCCGCACCAGUCAGUGCCGUCCUCUCUGCUGCCAUCUCCCCCUGCGCUUUUUAAAAGUGAGCCGAUCAACCACUGCGCCCACGAGGACGUGUACCUGAGGCCAGGCUCCACACAGCAGCACUAAAAUUUAACCACACAGAUCCACCACACGGUCACACUCACAGAUAGUGUGUUCAGGGUUGUAUGAGGGGAAACUCAGCAAAACUGUAUGUAUGUGUGUGUGUGUUUGUGUGUGCGCGCGCAUAUGCGCUAUAGAGAGGCAUAAGUGCUAACUGUGUAAGUGCUGACUGUGCGUUUCCUUGCUGGGAGGCGAUCAUGUGAUCAGAGAGGAUGUUUAAGGCUGGUGACCUCAGUGAACUUUCUCUCAAAUAAUAUUAGCAUUAUUUUACACCUCGUAUACUGAUAAAGAAAAAUUCCACUCGCAUCAUAAUGAUGAAAACAUGCCACUGUGUGUGAGCCGGCAUACUUUCAGUCCCUGUUUUUUCUCUCUCUCUCUCUCUCUCGCUUUCUCAUUUUCUCUCCUGUCUCCCACACCCUCUGUAUCUCUAUCUCACACAACCUGUAUACCUGCCUUCUUGCUCAUCUUUCCCUCUCUGUCCCUCUCUUGCUUUCUCGUUUUCUCUCCGUCUCCUUUUUCCACACCCUCUGUAUCUUUCUCUCUCUCUCUCUCUCUCUCUCUCUCUCUCGCGUUCUCAUUUUCUCUCCUGUCUCCCACACCCUCUGUAUCUCUAUCUCACACAACCUGUAUACCUGCCUUCUUGCUCAUCUUUCUCUCUCUGUCCCUCUCUUGCUUUCUCGUUUUCUCUCCGUCUCCUUUUUCCACACCCUCUGUAUCUUUCUCUCUCUCUCUCUCU